GUCAUUUGACGUGUGCUCUGUGCAGGUUUUCGUGACGUUUGCACAAACUUCUGAAAUUCCAGAGAGAGAAAGAAAAAAAUCAUUUUCUACUUGGCAUUCGGCAGCCAAUCUAAACUGGAUACUUCAUAGACUCCGGUUUACCCAGGACGGAUUUUCUGUUUUUACAGUACAUGUUGCUGUAACGACUUGGCGCGAAACAGGACAAUCCCAAAAUGCAGCAACCAGUGAAAGGAGGGGGCGCGGCUUUUGAGCCCACACCAAAAAGCUACGAUGACUUAUUUCCAGCUCUACCGGAAUCCUCACAACAAGAACGACAGGCAGCGAUGCCCCAAUGGGGCUCCAAUAUCAAUAGCAAGAUGAGAGUUGGGUCAUCUGUAAUCACUCAGGUUUUCAGAGUCCCUUAUGAAGAACGUAAACUCGACGGAGGCUCAAAGUUCGGCGAAGGCGAAUCCGUUCAAACUUGUGGUUCCAUAAUGAAGGAAACCGGGGCCCAUAUCGAAAUAUCUCAUGCCAAAGACCAGUCCCUGACAUUCCUCGUAACCGGAAAGCAGAAUGAAGUACUUAAGGCUAGAGUCAAGAUUCUAACCCAUUUCCAGACACAGGCUCACAAAUCUAUCCAAAUCCCAAAAGAGCACCACAAAUGGAUUCUUGGCAAAAAAGGAGAAAGACUAAAGGACCUAGAGAAACAAACUGCUACUAAAAUUUCAGUGCCUAACAUGAACGAUGAUUCUGAUGUUAUAACCAUUACAGGCCCUAAAGAAGGAAUAGAGAAAGCGGAACACGAAAUCAAAAUAACUUCAGAUCAGCAAUCCAAAAAAGCCCAAGAGAGGCUCAACAUACCCAAAAUUUACCAUCCGUUUAUCGUGGGACCUUUCAGCGAGAAUCUUAACCAACUUAUUGCAGAAACCGGCGCCAGAAUCAAUGUUCCGCCUCCGUCCGUGAAUAAAGAUGAAAUUUUCAUUGCUGGCGAAAAAGAUGGUGUGGCGGCCGCCAAAGCCAAAAUUGAAGAAAUCUAUAAGCUCAUGGAAAAGAAAUGCACCACCGUCUCUGUUGAAGUACCAAAGUCUCAACACAAAUACGUCAUCGGACCUAAAGGUUCCACCAUCGCGGACAUUCUUCAAAAAACCGGCGUCAGCGUGGAAAUGCCCCCAAGCGACUCAAACCUUGGUACCAUUAACUUGAGAGGACCCCAUGACAAACUGGGACUGGCAUUGAGUGUGGUUUACGACAAAGCCAACUCUGUACGUUCAAGUGAUGUCAAUGCACCUUCUUGGCUGCACAAGUAUAUUAUUGGUAAGAAGGGGCAGAAAAUUAAGGAGAUUACCCAGAACUUGCCCAAGGUGCAUGUAGAAUUCACCGACAAGGAGAACAAGAUUAGAAUUGAAGGUCCACCAGACGAGGUCGAAAAAGCCCAAGAAACUAUUGAAGCAAUUGCCAAUGACCUUAUCAAAAACAUGACUUUUAUAGAAAUGCAUGUGGACAACAGACUGUUCAAGCAUAUUAUUGGAAAAUCUGGCGCUAACAUUAACAAACUCAAAGAAGAAUUUAAUGUUAACAUCCAAAUUGAUGAAAGCGGGCUAGUGAGAGUCGAAGGUAGCCAAGAUGAUGUAGCUAAAGUUAGAGCCGACUUGGAGCAAAGAGUUUUCAAGCUAGAAAAUGAGAAGGAACGUGAUGUUAUAAUUGACCAGCGACACUAUAGGAAUAUUAUUGGCACUAAAGGCGAAAACAUCAGGGAAAUUAGAGACAAGUACGAACAAGUCCAAAUCAUUUUCCCCGGACCUGGAGAUAGAAAUGACAUUGUUAAAGUGAGAGGACCAAAAGAAGAUGUUGACAAGUGCGUUAAGUUGCUGGAGAAGAAAGUUAAGGAGCUUAAUGAAUCCUCAUAUCAAAUCCAAGAGCCAAUUUACAAGCAGUUCCAUAAGUUUAUUAUUGGGAAAGGAGGAUCAAAUAUUAAGAAAAUUCGAGAAGAAACGAACACGAGAAUAGACCUGCCGGCCGAAGGUGACAAAAGCGAUUGCAUCACCAUCACUGGCAAACGUGAAAACGUAGAAGAGGCCCGCGACAAAAUUAGAAGCAUUCAGGACGACCUUGAAAGUAUCACCAGUGAAGAAAUCACGAUUGAUCCAAAAUUCUACAAUUCGCUUAUUGGUGCUAAAGGAAAACUCAUCCAUUCAAUCAUGGAAGAUUGUGGUGGAGUUACUAUCAAAUUCCCGAGCUCCGACAGUAAGAGCGACAAAGUUCUUGUUCGUGGACCAAAAGAAGAUGUUGAAAAGGCUAAACAGCAAUUGCUAGACUUAGCGAAUGAAAGACAGCUUGCCAGUUUCACUGAUGAGGUACGUGCCAAAUCUCAACACCAUAAGUUCCUAAUUGGUAAAAGUGGUGCCAACAUUAAAAAGAUUCGUGAUGCAACUGGUGCUAGAAUAGUCUUCCCUUCAAACACUGAAGAAGACAGAGAAAUUAUUACAAUCAUUGGUAAGAAGGAAUCUGUUUUGGAAGCUAAGAAGCAAUUGGAGGCAAUGAUUAAAGAUAUUGAUAAUAUCAUCGAGGAUGAAAUCAAAGUCGAGCCAAGACACCAUAAGCACUUUGUAGCAAGAAGAGGCGAGGUCCUCCACAGAAUAAGUGACGAUUGUGGUGGUGUCAUGAUUUCCUUCCCAAGAUCCGGAGUAGACAGUGACAGAGUAAGCCUUAAAGGCUCCAAAGAAUGUAUUGCUGCAGCCAAACAAAGAAUUCUCGAAAUUAUCGGCGAUUUGGAGUCUAUGGUCACCAUUGAAUGCAUUAUUUCCCAGAAACAUCACAGAACCGUCAUGGGCGCUAAAGGAUAUAGGGUUCAAGGAAUCACGUCACAAUAUGACGUUCAAAUUAAAUUCCCCGACAAGGAGAACACUGAAGAAUAUCCGUCAGAAUUGACUAAUGGAGAUGUGAACACUGAACCUGUGCGUCAAUGUGAUGUCAUUAAAAUCACAGGAAAAGAAUCAAAUUGUCUUCAGGCCAAGCAAGCCCUAUUCGACUUGGUCCCUGUAACCAUUGAAGUUGACGUGCCUUUUGUAUUGCAUAGGUCAAUUAUUGGCGCUAGAGGACAGGGAGUUAGGGAGCUCAUGGACACAUUUGACGUCCACAUUGUUUUGUCUUCAACUGAUGUACAAGAAGAUAUUAUUAAGAUUACCGGUACUUAUAAUAACGUUCAAGAUGCUAAAGAAGCUCUGCUCGAAAGAGUCAAACAAUUAGAAAUUGAAAAGCAGGAUAAACAAUUGAAGUCAUUUGCUCUUACUAUUGACGUUAAUCCAGACUAUCAUCCUAAGAUUAUUGGAAAACGUGGCGCUGUUAUUACAAAUAUCAGGAAGAAUCAUGAUGUGCAAAUUACAUUCCCCAAAAAGGGUGAUGAAAAUGAGCAUGAGAUAAUCAUCACUGGUUAUGAAGCUAACACCUACCAAGCGAAAGAAGAUAUUCUCAAGAUUGUCAAGGAGCUAGACGAUCUCGUUAAAGAAGAAGUAGAAAUCGACUCUCGUGUCCAUUCUCGUCUGAUUGGGGGUCGUGGUCGCAACAUUAAGAAGGUCAUGGACGACUACAGGGUUGACAUCAAAUUCCCAAGACCUGAAGAUGCUAAUCCCAACUUGGUCAUCAUUGCUGGUCAAGAAGAAAAUAUAGCGGAAGCUCGUGAACAUUUGCUCAAUCUUGCCGAAGAAUAUCUUCAAGACGUGGAAGAAAUGGAAACGCGCGAUAACCUCCAUACGUUGAAUUUCCAUUUCGACAAGAGACAGCCACAACAAAACGCUCAGAGGAACCGCGACUCUAACAAUCCUAACGGAUUCGUGGUCAAGGGAGCGCCAUGGGAACAGAGCGCCCCUAAUACAGCUAGCGUUACCGAUUUUCCCGCUUUUGGCAGGACUGUCGAACAGCCACAGGCCUCGCCCAUGGCUGGAGCUUGGGGCGGCAGACGCUAACUUAAGUGCCCUUGCUGAUUUUCACCUUUUACCUAUAAUUCAUAUAUUUUUUUAGUAGACUUUCUUGAGUUGGUUUAUGGAUAAAAACAAGUAUUUUAGGUUUUUAACUAUUGCAAAGGUUAAGAUUUAAUAAUUUCCCAAAUUUGUUGCCUUAGUUCAAGUUUAUGUUGAAAGUUAAUAAUUAUUAGUUGAGUACAAAUAAAAAAACUAAAAGGUGGAACCUCAACAACAACCUUAAUGAUUAAAAAGUCAUUAAGCAACCCUCUUCCCUCACUGUUUGCUGCAUUAAAAUAGGCCUGGCAAAGACACUGGACCUCGAUUCUAUGGAAAACUGAAUAAAACCCACAAAUACGCAAAGCUCUUUUUUACACAUAAGUCUUCCCGAAAACUUAGGGCGGACAUUUGGCCUAAAAUCGGCACUACUCGUAGAGAAGUUAUGAUUAACAUUACUAUACUAUGAUAUUUUUAGUUUAGUUCGUAAAGUGUUCACUUCCACCUGGUAACUGCGUUUUUAAUUUUAAUUUGUAAAUUAUUUGAUUAAGAUUAAAUAUUUUUACAUAGCGCAUUAUUAUAAUUUGUCAUAACUGAAAAUAUAUAUUUUUUUAGUUUUUUUUUUUUUUCGUGUCAUAACGUCUCUGCUCUAGAAAAAAAAAGGCAGUGCAUCGUGCCUUUCUAUUUUUUUAUUCCUAAUUUUGUUAUUGUCUUCAACUUUUAUAUUUUAUUUAAAUACCGUGGUGUGUGAAAUAAUUUCAAAUUUUAAACUUUUUAUAUAGGUAUACGUUCCGUAAUUUCUUAUUAAAUUGUUUUAAAUAAUUUUAAUAUGAAUAAUUAUUGUUGUUAUAAAAUUGUAAGUUUUCGCUUUUGUUUUGUAUACAAUAAUUUCGAAGGAACGAUUUAAUUUAUUAUAUUAUAAAAAUAAGCCUUGCGGUCAACUUGUUAGCCCAAGACUAACCUGGGG